ACGAUAGACUAUUCUAGGGUUGAUCGAGAGGGCUUUCUCUUCUCUUCCACCCGGCAGCCGGAAAGGUGCUGUUCUUGCCCCCCUCCUCCUCCUCCCGCUCUCCGAAGAAUCGAAGCAACAAAUAUGGACUCCUGCGGCGACGACGAUGAUGGGACAUGCGAAGCGAUACUUCCUGGUCUGCCUGAUGAUUUGGCCUUGAGGUGUUUGGCAAAGAUCUCGCAUGGAUAUCAUGGAUUGCUAGAAUGUGUGUCAAAGAAAUGGAAACGAGCGAUCAGGAGCAUGGAUUAUGCUCAUAUAAAGGCCAGGGAAGGGUGGUGUGGGGAUUGGCUGUUUGUUUUGGGAGCCGACAGCCCAGCUCUGUGGCAUGCUUAUGAUCCUGAUGCAGAUCGUUGGCACCCUUUGCCAAGAAUGCCAGGAUUCACUGAUGAUGAUGAACUAUGCAGGUUUUCAUGUGUAAGUGUGAGCAACAAGUUCCUAGUGAUUGGUGGCUGCCACAUAUCACAUUCAGAAAAGAGGUGCUGGGAGACGAGAUCGGUGAUGGUGUUCGAUCCGUUCAAGAAGCAGUGGAACGCCGCGGCUAACAUGCAAACAGCACGAACUGAUUUUGCAUGUGCUGUUAUCUCUGACAAGGUUUAUGUAGCUGGUGGAAGCAACUCUAGUAGUUCUGAAGGGCUUGCUACUGCUGAAGUUUAUGAUCCUGAUGCAGAUAAGUGGAAAGAUUUACCAUCAAUGCCUUUCCCCCUGAUCGAGUGCUUCAGCAUAUCCCAUGGAGGCCAAUUUCAUGUUGUCGGCAAGAGAAUCUGCAAUUUUCAGCAUGAUACUUAUGUUACCUUCAAUCCAUCAGAUCAAAAGUGGCAUGUUAUGGAAGAUUUGCUGCCAGUUUGUAAAUUGACACAUGACACUACAACCAUUAUUGAAAGUGACAUCUACAGCAUACUUCCAGAUGGCACUGUUACCAUGGUGAUGCCCGAUCAAAAGGAUUGGCACGCUUUGGGUGUAUAUCCUGCAGUGGUUCUACCAGACCACGAUAGACCAUUGAGUCCAUUCGGGUUUGGUUUUAUCGCAUUUGGGAGGUGCAUAUAUGUUGUUGGAGGUAUGGUUCUCAAGUAUAACACAAGCAAUCAUACGUAUGCAUAUGUGAAGCUAGAUGCAACUAAAUUCUGUGAUCCAAGAACUUCACCACUAGAAUGGCAGGAUGCUAAACCUAUGCCAGUACAAGCUUGUCGUAUUUUAGGAUGUGCUUCAAUGGAGGAAUAGAGUUCAUCCUGCUUUGUAUUGUAUCCAUUUUUGUAAGAUGUUACAAAAAGAAAGAUCUGACUGGAGACCUCAAUGGCUUCCAGCAUGAUAUGAUGUUUAUUCAGAGAAGUGGUACGACCAAUUACCUUACAAGCUUUGUAUUGUAUCCAUCUUAUAAAAUGAUGUUACAAAAAGAAAGAUGUUAGGAUUGUUCAGAGAAAUAGCAAGACCAAUUACCUUCUAAUCUUUGAAUUCUUUGUUAUUAAAUGGCUUAUGCCUUGCUAGUUGGAUUGGGAAUGACAUGCUGAUUCAUGGUUUUCCAUCCCGAUCUAUGUUUCCUUAUGAUUCCACAAAGGUGGAUAUCAUCUCAGGGUCAAUGGUUCUGCAUAAAGCUUAUCUCUUUGGGUUUCAAGAAAGCAGGGAUGGCACCAUCUGCCUAUGGUGGAUGCCGACCGUGAAGGAUGUUUGUGAUUCUAUAGUUGAUGCUCCCAGAACUGGACUUAGCAACUUGGUGGCUAGCCUUGCCUUGGGCAGCAUUUGUUCAAAACCGAUGUCCAGUGUUCUCCCGGUCUUCUGCUCACCAUUUAUCUUACCGUAGAAGAACUACUAGGAAUUCAUUCUGAGAGAGCUAACAGAGUACCGCUGAAGAGGACAAAGGCAAAGGAAAGAGAACGGAAACAAACAAAGAAAGCCUGUUAAACACAAAGAAUAGGAGUAAGAAAGAAGUCUGCCAAAGUAUACAGUUAAAUGUGCUCCUUAAUUACGCCGAACAUAUAGUUCAGGCUUUUCUCUCUGCUGCAAAUGCACAACUAUUGGCAUGGUAUCGCUGUUCAUAAUUAAGUUGAUUGAAUUGUAUCACUUGCCAGCUUGACUUGAAAGGCACAAUCAAACAGCAACUCCCAACAACAGGACAUGAGUCCUGCCGAAACACAUGUUAUGUCUGUAUGUUGUGUGCUUGUCAGUUCAUCAACCACUAAGGAAUGUUGACAAUAAGCCUAGUGAACUCUACAAUCUAUCUACUUGCAGGUCAUUACCAACACUGUUUCCAACAAUCCGAAGAGAACUACACAGAGCUCCUAUGGCCGAUGGCACAGAAAGGAGAAACCGACAGUGCUAUCAGAUUGUAGAGGUAAGGCGGAGGAGAAGCUGUAGAAAGCUCCUUUGGUAUGCAGGAGCAGUGACCAGUAAGCCAUGCAUGGAUGAUGGCUGCAAUCAUUCCAAUUUGAAACAAAGAGCAAGUAACAUGUACCUCAAAAAGGUUUCUGGCCCACUUUGAAAGGGGAAGCUUAAUUGAUUUGUAUAUCUACCUGCUUGUCGGCAGAGGAUUAUUUAGAUGCCCCCUCAAUUAAUUAAAUGCUUAAGGCUUCAUCUUCUUGCCUUUAUCAUCAGGAAAAAACAAGUCAUGCAGAAAACCUGAUUUCUGGAGUGUGCCUAAUUAUUCUUCCACAACCAUUCUCUCCAUGAGGAUUGAUAUGUAAGAGUUGCAUGUAGGAAACAUUGAUUGGCAGAUUGUAAUUAUUUGAUUAAUCUUUUAUCAGAUCUUUUCGGGUAUACAUUACUAC